UGGGAAAAAGACAUAAAUAUAGAAGGCAUACCACUAAUACUGAAAUUAAUCCCAGUAAUAGUAAUUAUUUUUCAUCAUCAUCUGAUAAAGGAUUUCUUAGUGAUGGGGAUGAGAGUGUAGGAAGUAAUAGUUAUGUUGGAAGAGAUAAUUUCUCAUUGAAUGAAAGGGAAGAAAAGGAAUUAACGAAUAUGGAAGGAGGGGAAUAUUUUUUACCUAGUAAUUCAGAUAAAGAAAUUGAAAGAUUACAAAUGCAACAUUUUUUAUUGAGAUUAUCUUGGCAAGGAAAUCAUUCUUCUCCUAUUGUUGAUGAUUUCGUUAAUGGUGGAAUAUGGAUUACGGAUUUGGCCACGGAAUUUAAAUCAUCAACAUUUAUCGGAAUUGAUGGUGAUGAAGCACGUGCUAGAAUUCAAAUUGAAUUACCUAAUGCUGCUUAUCUUCAUCAUGAUUUAUUAGAUGAAUUACCUUUUCCUGAUGAUACAUUCGAUUUCGUUAAUCAACGAUUCUUCACGAUGACAACUGAAGAUAAAUGGAAAAAUUUUAUUUUACCUGAAAUUAUUCGAGUCACUAAACCUGAUGGUUAUAUAGAAUUAAUGGAAAUGACUACUUGGAAAUAUAUGGGACCUGUUACUAAACAUAUGGCUAAAGCAUAUAACGAAUACAUACAAAAGCGAGGAGUUUAUCAUUUAGAUCCAUCCCAACUAAAUCAAGUUUUGAUAUCCACGAAACAAAUUAAAAAUAUUAAUUGUGAACAAAAAAUUACUCCAUUUUGUGGUGGUCGAGCUUCUCAAUUGGUCUGUCGAAAUCAAUUUGAAAAAAUCGAAGCGCACAAAUCAGAAUUAUGCAAAUUUAUGGAAAUAAAAGAACGAAAAUUUGAUGAUAUGAUAAAGAUUAUGUACGAGGAAGUAAAUAAACAUAAAACUUUUGCUAAAACCUAUAGGAUUUAUGGACAAAAAAUUUAA